AUGCUGGUGAUCCUCUACGACCCUGACUGUCUUCUCCACAAGACCGUGGAAUUAUUAGGCUCGAAGCUCAUACCUGCAUUGGAGUCGCCUGCACGGCUCGAGGCGAUUUUGGAAGCUUUACGUCUCUCCGAACACGAGAUUCGCACGACUCAAUUCAACCCGGUUCAUAAUGACAAGACGAGGACACGAUUACUGAAGCUCACCUCAAAUACGCACGACUCCGGCUAUCUUCAUCAUCUUCAGACUGUCUACGAUGAAUGGUUAUCAGCAGGGUUGAUUCGGAAAAACGGCAAUGUCCUACCUGAGUGUUUCUAUCUUCCCACAUCAACAGGCAAGCCGCCGCGACCGCCAAAAGAUGCCUUUGCCCGAGCAGGAUACUAUGCCUUCGAUAUGAGCAGCGGAAUCAUGUCAGACAGCUACCGGGCAAUCGUAGCGUCUGCCAAUCUCGCAUGUGAGGGCGCAGACAUGCUGACCGGCCCAUCGGUCGACACGGUUUUCGCGUUGUGUCGUCCACCGGGACAUCACUGUGACGGUCGAAGGGCUGGGGGGUAUUGCUAUAUCAACAACGCCGCGUUGGCUGUGAGUACGUGGCGGUCAGAAAGUCCCAAUGCAAAGAUUGGUGUUCUGGACAUUGAUUUCCAUCAUGGUAACGGCACCCAAGAGAUCUUCUACUCCGACCCAAAAGUGCUGUACGUCAGCAUUCAUGGCGAAGAUGAGUUUCCGUACUACACUGGCGCCGAGGACGAGAAGGGCUUGGGGAAGGGAGAAGGUACGAACGUCAAUUUGCCGCUGAAAGUCGGCAGCCCGAUUGAAGAGUAUAUGGCCAAACUCCAGUACGGGGUGAAGCGACUAGUCGACUACGAGACAGACUUCUUGAUUAUCAGUCUGGGCUUUGAUACGUUCCACUCCGAUCCUCUGGGUCAUUUUCAGAUUCACACCGAAGACUAUGAGACGAUUGCUAGGACGACCAGGCAAAGCUUGAAGAGCGUUCCAGCACUUAUUCUUCUAGAGGGAGGUUAUGUCAUUGAACAUCUGGGGAAGAAUGUCUUGUCAUUUCUUAAAGGAUGGAAAUCGGCCUGA